GACAUUUUUUAUUUUAAUUCGGAAUUUAUUUGUGAUACUUAUAUGGUGAUUUCCUUGAAUUUCAACUUAUUGAGAUUUCUACAGGUAGAUUUCGAAUGGGCAGUAAAACUGCAUCGUUUGUCUCUAAACAUUAUCGGACUUUGGCCUAAAAUCGCGCAAAGCCCACGAGAGAAAUUACUGUGCAAUCUUCGAGUGCUCUUCGUUUUUCUGGGGCUAACUUUUGUUAUUCUAACCCCUUCUAUACAUGCCCUGAUAAUAUUUCGAAGGGAUAUCAUGCUAGUGAUGGAUAAUUUACAAUUCACUUUACCGGGCAUCAGCAGUUGGAUAAGGAUCGCGAUUUUUUGGUGGAAAAAAGAAGCUAUCGUACCGAUUAUGAGUAUGAUUGUGGAGGAUUGGAUAAUGGCGCACGAGAACGCGCAAGAGAGACAGAUAAUGAUCAGAAGGGCGCAAACCGCGCGCAUAAUUGUCACUUGCGCGUAUUCUUUAAUGGGAAUAACGUGCGCUUUCGUCAUGAUUCUGCCGGGUUUCGGGCUGUCAAUAAGACUGACACCGAACAUCACCGACGCGGGCAUCAGACCAUUGCCGUUGCAAACUCAUUACGUCUACGACAUCACGAAGAGACCGUACUAUCAACUGACAUUUGUCAGCCAGGCCGUCUACAUCAGUCUCGCCAUGAUAUCUUACACCGGGAUUGACAAUUUUCUCGGUCUGCUGAUUUUUCAUAUAUGCAGCCAACUGGACAUUCUUAAGAAUCGUUUGACGCAUUUGCACAAAUAUGUCAAUUCGCGGGACAUGCUGAAAAGCUGCGUGAUGAAACACAUUCGUUUGCUCAGAGCAAUUGACAUUAUCGAAGAUACAUACAAUAUAAUGCUUCUCGCGUUAUUCGCGUACUUUGCGAUCCUCUUUGCUUUCUACGGUUUCCAAAUAAUUAACCUAUUCGACGAAGAAAAUGAUGUAUCGCUCUUUCAUUUGGUGUAUUUUAUAUCAACCAUUUUAAAUUUAUUUGUGCAUAUGUGCCUAUAUUGUGCUCUCGGCGAGAUUUUAAUGGGCCAGUGCAAUGAUAUAUAUUAUGCGGCAUACGACAAUGAAUGGUACUUGGCGGAUACGAAAGAUGCGAGGAAUUUAUUGCCAUUAUUAAUCAGAGGCGCUCAACCGGUCUAUCUCACCGCUGGAAAAGUAUUUCCCAUGACAAUGGCUACAUUCUGUAGUGUAAGAUAUUUUAAUGUUUAAUUGUACAA